AUGAAAAAAAUAAAUCAAAAUAGCCUAUUAUUAAUAUUUUUUAUAAAUAUUGUAUUACUGUUAAAAAUCUCCAAUUCAUUAAAUUUAAAAAAACGUGUUCAAACAUCAUUUGGUGUAUUGAGAGGGGAAACAAUUUUACCAGAAGGUGAGGAUCUCCCUGCCGUAACCCAAUAUCUUGGUGUUCCUUAUGGUGUAUCACCAACAGGACAAAAUCGUUUUAAUUUUGCCAUUAGUGCAGCAAAAUGGAUUCACAUGCCAAAAGAUGCUUUUAAAAUAUCAUCAGUAUGUAUGCAAACCAAACUUCCAGCAACCUCUGAAAGUGAGGCGUUUAAAAAAAUGUCAUCUCAAAAAUUUGACCAUGUACAUAGAUUAUUAUUAUAUCUUAAACCACAAUCUGAAGAUUGUUUAUAUAUGAAUUUUUAUAUUCCCGAAAAAAUAGAUAGACAUGAUAACGAAAAAGAAUUGAUACCAGCAAUGUUAAUUAUACAUGGUGAUGAUUAUAAUUGGAAUAGUGGGAAUCCAUAUAAUGGAUCUUUGUUAGCAGCUUAUAGUCAAAUUGCAGUUAUAACACUCAACUAUCGUCUGGGACCAUUUGGAUUUUUAGGAAGAUGUGAAAUAAGUAGUUGUACGGGUAAUGCAGGAUUAUCAGAUUUGGUUGCAGCACUCAAAAUGCUUUCAAAAAUCUUACCAUCUUUUGGAGUAAAUCCUGAUUCAAUUACUUUAAUGGGUUGGGGUUCUGGUGCCAGUUUAAUAUCAUUAUUAAUGGCAUCUCCAAUAACACUUCCAAAAAGUAGACUAUUUCAUAGAGCUAUAUUAUUAGAUGGUACAGCAUUACAACCAGGUGCUAUACAAGAAAAUCCACAAGAAUAUUUUUUUAAACUUGCAGAAGAAAUGGGUUGUAUUGGAAAAGAAAAAGAUAUAACAAAAUUGGGAGAAUUUAAAAAAGAUAUACGUACUAUAUUACGAUGUUUGCAGGAGCAUACUGCAGAAAAUGUAACAGAAGCAGCAACAAAAUUAGAAGUACCAACAUUUUUAAAUUCUUUUGCCCCAAUUAUUGAUGGUCAAAUUGUGCCUAAUCAUCCAAAAAUAUCUUUUUCACCCCAAUUUGGUAGUUUAUUUAGGGAAGUUGAUGUUAUGAUUGGAACAGUAAAUUAUCCUGCUCAUAGUAUGUUACCAAAUGAUGAUUUAUUACAUGGUUUUGAUAAUGUAAAAAGAAAUAAAAUAUUAAGAACAUUAGUAAGAAAUUUAUAUAGUUAUCAUAGAAAAGAGAUAUUUGAUGCAAUUGUUCAUGAGUAUACUCCAUGGGAUAAUCCUAAUAAACAUCCUAAACAAGUAAGAAAUGAAAUAUUAAGCUCAUUAGGAGAUGUCUUCUUUACUGCACCAUUAAUUGAAACAGCUAGAAUGCACUCUACAGAUGAACAACCAAGAACUGGUGCAACAUACUUUUUUUUAUUUAGUUAUGAAACAAAAGCAUGGACAAAAGAGUAUGCUACAAAUGGUAUUAGAGGUUCAUUAUCUGGUGAUCAUAUACCAUAUAUAUUAGGAUAUCCAUUAAUAGAUAAAAAAAAUGAAAAAACAAUAUAUUCAGGUUUUAGUAAUGAAGAUAAAAAUAUUGCAAAAAUUAUGAUGAAUUAUAUUGGUAAUUUUGUAAAAAGUGGUGAUCCAACAAAACCAAAAUCUUUUAAUAGAGAUUCAUCAAUAGAAAUGAGAUUUGAAAAUAUUAUUUGGCCACAAUUUAAUCAAGCUAAUCGUGAGGCUUACCUUGAAAUAACAGCUGAUCAACCAAGAAUAAAAAAUUAUUAUCGUAACAAUUAUGUUGGUUUUUGGUCUGAAUUUAUUCCUCAACUUGUUAAUAGUGGUAAAGAUUCUAAUAUACCUGAAGAACAUGGUUUUUUACAAGAUUAUUUUAAUAAAAAUUCAUUUUUUGGUAAUGUUAGACAUUAUGGAAAUUAUCGUAAUGAACCAUUUCCUCCACCCCCUAUGCCACCUAUACCAAUACCAUUAGAAAUAUUAAAUAAUUUAUCAAAUCAACAAAAGAUGAAUGAAAGUUCUAGUAAUAUGGAAACAUCAACACAACCUCCAACUGUUGUUAAUGUUAAUUCAAAUUCAGAGGAAUACUCUAAAUAUUCUUCAAUAUUAAGUUUAAUUGUAGUUGUUGGAUGUGGGAUGUUGGUAUUAAAUGUCUGCUUUUGUUUAGGAUUAAAAAGGCAAUAUGAUAAACAUCAGAAACCUAAUAAAUCACCAUUAGCAAGUUAUCAAAGAUAUAAUUCAUCACACCAUUCACAGUCAGGAAAUGAUAUGUUAGGAUAUAUUCAAAAUUCUCCAGUAAGGCGUUUUACACUACUACCACCCCCACCUUGUGAUAAAACAACAAUCUCUAACAGUGAUAUUAUCAAAAAUAAGAUAAAUGCUUCAUAUAAUAAACAAAGGCAUUCUGUUCCUGUUAAUCUAAUGACGUGUAAAGUAGAAAAUAAUCUUAAUAUUGACAAAAAUUUUCAUCUUAACAAAAAUUAUAUGAAAAAAGAAAGUGAUGAUAUUUUAACUAAACCUGAAAAAAUGUUUUCAAUAAUAUCUGAUUUAGAUACUUCAUCAAUCAAUUCCCGAAAGACAACUGUUGAGAAGUUGUUUGAUCCAACAACAAGGACAUCACUAACAACAUCAAAUAUCGAUAAAGAACCAUUACUUUCAAGUACUAAUAAACAACAAAUAAAUACAUUUUUAAGACCUGGUGUUUCUCCAACAUGUCCAAAACAUGGUAGACCUGCUGCUGUUGCAAUGGAAUUAGGAAAUGUUAAUGUAAGUAAUAAUAAUUCAGCAUUAAGAUAUAACUCUACUGGAAAUCAUAAUUCUCAAUUAAGUGAAGUUUUAUCUUUAUCAUGUCAUAAUAAUUGUUAUUCAUAUGGAGAUAAUGAUAAAAUUCAUGAAAAAUGGUGUGAAAAACAUAAUCUUCCAUUAUCUGGAGUAUGUAAUAUUGAUAAUUUAGAAGAAUGUAUCAGUGGUUAUAUAGAAAUAGAUAAUAAAACUAUUUAUUUUCAAACAUGUAAAAAUAUGACUCCUGUAAAUUUUGAUUUUAGUAAAGAUGGAAAUUGUACAGAAUAUUCAAACUACGAGGAGGAUAAUAUUUUAUAUUUUCCUCUUAAAAAUGCCACAAGAAAAGGAAUGAAAUUUCGGGCAUGUAAAUGUUUAACAAAUAUGUGUAAUAUAGAAUCUUGA